GGCAGAGAGGCGUGAACCGCACUGCGUUCCACCGCCGCUACCGGAAGCAGGAGGCGGAAGCCGGGAGCUCCAUAAACAAAGUCCUCAACGCUUCGUAGUUUGUCCUGCUGCGAACAUGGGGAACACCAGCAGCGAGCGACCUGGACCCCUAAAGGGGCGAAGGGACAGCGGUGGGGGCGCCACCAAGGGAGACGACAGAGCCAAGAUACUAAUGGACAGCCCUGAGGACGCCGACAUGUACCCGGCUGAGGAGAGCAAGGCACCGCUGGAAAAGGAUGAAUUCCUAGCGUGGCAGCAUGAUUUAGAAGUAAAUGAUAAAGCUCCAACUCAGGCGCGGCCAACUGUAUUUCGCUGGACUGGUGGAGGGAAAGAAAUUUACCUAUCUGGUUCAUUUAAUAACUGGGGGAAAAUUCCUCUCAUCAGAAGCCACAACAACUUUGUUGCAAUACUGGACCUGCCAGAAGGUGAUCACCAGUACAAGUUUUUUGUGGACGGCCAGUGGACACAUGACCCUGCGGAGCCAGUAGUAACUAGUCAGCUUGGCACAAUCAACAAUGUCAUUACUGUGAAGAAAACUGAUUUUGAAGUCUUUGAUGCCUUAAUGGUGGAUUCUCAGAAAGGCUCUGAUGGGUCAGAGUUGUCCAGCUCGCCGCCUGGUCCAUACCAACAAGAUUCAUAUAACUGUAAGCUAGAAGAACGUUUCAAGUCUCCUCCCAUUUUACCACCUCAUCUACUGCAAGUUAUCCUUAACAAAGACACUGGCAUUUCUUGUGAUCCAGCUUUGCUCCCAGAACCAAACCAUGUUAUGUUAAAUCACCUAUAUGCCCUCUCCAUCAAGGAUGGCGUGAUGGUAUUAAGUGCUACUCACCGUUACAAGAAGAAAUAUGUCACCACGUUGCUGUACAAGCCAAUAUGAGCUGUAUCCAUGGACUGUUCUCACUUCUAUUUACGCCUUUUCCAACUUUUUUUUACAUAUUAAAUGCAUUAAAUAUUUGCAAACUGAGAAGUAGCUAUCAGUAUUGUGUUGAGCAUCUACUGGUCCGCAGUCUAGGUCUACUAGUGACCGUGCAGCCUUUGCUGUAGUAAACCUUUUAUUGCACUCGAUUGCUGUAGGAUUUCACAUACCGGUACUCCAUAUUUUUCAGCACAUUGCCAGCCUUAUGUGUGCCCUGUUGGGCUGUUCAUGGGACAGAUUCUGUAGUUUCCCCCCCAUAUAAAAAUAUAUCUAAGGUUGGAGAUGUUUGGUCACCAGUACUAGCAGACAGACUUGCCUUUUUCCUCUGUGAAGUGAGGACAAUUGUGAAUACAAUUACUAACACUGUAAAUAAUUAAAGACUGGCAUGUAGGGAUUUUACCUGAUAGAGACACUGCAGAUCACCUAGAUCUGUGAUGGCUAACCUCCAGCUGUGGUAAAACUACAACUCCCAAGGUGCCACUUUGCUUGGCUGUUCUCAGAACUCCAUAGAAAUGUAUGGAGCAUGCUGGGAGUCAUAGUUUCACCACAGCUGGAGUGCUGGAGGUUAGCCAUUACUGACCUAGAUCUUAGUCAAUCAAAAAUAUAUAUUAAAAAUGUUGGGUUUUAUCUAAUGUUUGUCAGUGGUCACAUAUUGCACAAGAUUAAAGCCCGUUCCCAUAGGAUACACUAAAGAACAUGUCCAACCCAUGCAUGUAUAACUAGGACUGUGUGCCACAGAUAUACAAUGCACAGGAUAGAAGUGUGGUCCUACUUCAUAUAGUUGUUUUAAUGUACAGUGUAUUUAUCUAUAUUUAGGAUUUUCCUUUUAAAAUGUGCAUAAACAUAUAAAACAUACAGAUGG